AUGCAGUACCCGGCCCCGGCCGGGCUCCCCCCCUCCGCCGCCGCCGCCGCCGCCGCGGCCGCCGCGGCCCUGGGGGUCCCUCUGUACGCGCCCACCCCGGUGCUGCAGCCGGCGCAUCCCACCCCGUUCUACAUCGAGGACAUCCUGGGCCGCGGGCCCCCGGCCGCCCCGGCGCCCAGCCUGCCGUCCGCCAACUCGUCCUUCACCAGCCUGCCCGUGGCCUACCGGGCCCCGGCCUUCGAGCCCCCGGCCGCCUGCCGCCCCCCCGCCGCAGCCCUGGCCGCCCCCUACGGGGUCGGGGUCGGGGUCGGGGUCGGGGUCGGCGUCGGCGUCGGGGUGGCGGGGGCCCCCGGGGCCCUGGCCGGACCCUUCUACCCGUUCCCCCGCGCCGUCGGAGACUACCCGCCCGCCCUGCUGCGCCAGGACCCCCUCGGGAAGCCCCUCCUGUGGAGCCCGUUCCUGCAGAGGCCACUGCACAAGAGGAAGGGAGGCCAGGUGCGGUUCUCCAACGAGCAGACCGUCGAGCUGGAGAAGAAGUUCGAGACCCAGAAAUACCUCUCUCCGCCCGAGCGAAAACGGCUCGCCAAGAUGCUGCAGCUCAGCGAGAGGCAGGUCAAGACUUGGUUCCAGAACCGCCGGGCCAAGUGGAGGCGGCUGAAACAGGAGAACACACCCAGUGCCAAGAGAGAAGACCAGGAAACAGAGCCGGACCCGCCCCUGGACCGGGACCGGGACCGGGCCCGGACCCCAAACCCGGAUCGGGACCAUCCGGCCAGCCCCCGCGGCCAGCGGCCUGACCCGAAGCUCUCGGAUCGGGCUGUCUCCCCGGCCCUACCGUCGCGGGGCGAUCCGGACUCAGAGGUGUCUGACGACUCCGACCAAGAGGUGGACAUUGAAGGAGACAAAGGUCACCCAAGCACCGGUCACUAGCGGGGCCGCGGGGGAGACGUGACGCUAGCACUUUGGGAGGCGCCUCCCGUCCACCAGCCGGAGCUCCAAGUGCCCGGGGGACCCAGGAGGCGGAGAAGCCAGCGAGGGGGUCACCCCCAAGGGGUGCAUCCCCAAGGCAGCGAGGACGGUCCCCCAUUCCCUGGGCGUGAUGCCCCUCUGGCUCCCGGGAAGGUCUGACACCAGCUUGGCCUGUGCCCUGAUGUCUGAGGAUGUGGCCCCCGAAGUGGCAAUUUUAGGGACCCCCCCAGGGGCUGUGGGGAGCCGGAGAGACAACUCGGCCUCGGGAAGGAGCCCAUGAAGAUCCACGGCUGGGGACGGGGCACAGGGAAGGCCUCUGGGGGGUCUCUGGAAUUCCCUUGGGGUCGAAGGCAUCCCAAACCCAGGGCACAGGACCUGUUUUUUACCCGCCUGUGGGUCGUCUUUUAGGAGCCCUGGGUUUUACCAUCUUUGUAGCGCGGGCUUUUGCAGUCUUGAUAAGCGCUGGGUUUUUUUUUUACCGUUUUUAUAGCGCGUGUUUUUACAAUCAUUAUAGCGCUGAUUUUCAGUCUUUGA